AGCGACUUGUGUCGCGCCAGGUCUCCGAGGAAUUGUACUCCGUCACUGACCCACCUUAUAGGGGACACUCCCACUGCCGAGCCCAGUGUGGCCGCUGCAGCUGUUCUGUUCAUUUGUAUCCCCAAAACCAACUUCUCGCCGACUCAAGCUUUUAAAACUGAAACGUAACAUCUAAUAAAAGGGAAGGGGAUAAGACCCGGGUGGGUGAAGAAAGGAGUGUGAAUUGGGAGAGAAGUGAAGAGCGAUUCCAGCUGUCAAAACCCUGGAACAUCUCUAUGAUCUUUGUGGUUUCAACUAGGAAACAGGGGCAUGAGCAAUGUAUAAAUGGAAUGUAGAUGUACCAUGAGGGUUCUCAGUUGCUGGCACGUGUCGGAUGCCUAUGAUCAUGCCGUUGAUGUGAGUGCAUGUUCCCAGUGCCUGUGCCGCUUGCCCUGGGAAAUUUGUGCCUGUCCUUUGGAUAUCCUUUGGAGCAAAUGGCAAACCGACGUCACCAGGAUGGAAGUUUCAAUCAUCAAUUAAGUAUCGAUCAUCACAUUAAAUGAGGAAAUUCAUGUGACAACUGGGAAACUGUAAACGUUAAGGUUUUCUACACAUAGAAUGAUAAUGGAGUCUUGCAUAUCAGUAUACUGACUAAUUUGCAUCCUGAUGAUGGACAUUGUCAUUGGUGCUUCUGACCAAAUGGUGAUAAAGAGAUGAUUAUGGAAAUGACAGUGGCAACCAAAUAUGCUGAAUCGAUUGAACUUUCCACACCUUCCCCUCUCUCUCCUUCAACACCGUUUCCUUCAAUCCACAACGUCAGUACUGCUCCAUCACGAAAUGAAGACCACCCAAUGGUGCUACCACCACCACCACCACCACCAGUACCACCACUGCCAUCAUCACCGUUUCAGUCACCGUCUUCUCCAAGCCUUCAGAAAUCCAAAUUCAAAAAAGUGAACUGGAUCACUAUUCCAAAAGACAGGAUCUUGGGAAAAGACAACAUCUGGACAACGGACAAGUAUGAUGAUGAUUUUCAGCUAGACACUUUAAUCAUGGAGAAGCUAUUCGAACAGGUGGAGAAAGUUUCGGGCCAUGAACGAAAGCACUGGAGAAGAUUUAAACACAAUUGCCAAGAUUCCACUGGUGAAAGAAUAUCUCUCCUGGAUUCUAGACGAAGCAUGAAUGUGGGAAUAUUUCUUAAACAGUUUAAAAGAUCGGUGUGGGAAAUUGUAGAAGAUAUCAAACAAGGAACUGCUGAAGGAUAUGGUGCUGAAGAAUUGACUAAGUUGCUGAAACUACUGCCAGAAAGUGAAGAGGUAAAGCGCCUAAAAAGGUUUGAAGGAGACCAGAGUAAACUGUCUGAGGCAGAUCUCUUUAUGCUGCUCCUGGUGAAAGUUCCAAGUUAUUGUUUGCAUUUGGAAGCUAUGAUUCUUAAGGACGAAUUUGAACCACAAAUAAAAUCGCUUAUGACAUCUGUUUGUACAAUGAUAAAGGCUGCACAUGAACUGCGGAACUGUGAUGAGCUGCAUGCUAUCUUGAGACUGGUGUUGAAAGCUGGAAACCACAUGAAUGCAGGAGGAUAUUCAGGAAAUGCUGCAGGAUUUCGGAUUGCAUCACUAUUGAAGCUUGCUGACAUUAAAGCAAACAAACCUGGUGUGAACUUAAUACACUUUGUAGCAAUGGAAGCAGAAAAAAGGGAUAAAAAGCUUCUUUCCUUCCCAGAUAAACUAGAACACAUUGGAGCAGCUGCCAGGUUAUCUGAAGAUGGUAUAAUGGAAGAACUAAAUAAGCUGUCAAAAAGAGUGGCCUCUCUGCAGACAGAUUUAAAUGAAGAUCCAGAGCUUGAAGCACAGUUGGCUCGCUUUUUACAGACUGCAAAGGAAAAACUGAAAGAAAUAUGGAAAACAAUGGAAUUCUUCCAGAGAAUGAGACAGUCUUUGGUAGAAUAUUUCUGUGAGGAUGAAAAGCUUAAGCUGGAAGAAUAUUGCACUGUUCUCAAAAGUUUCUGUGAAAAAUUCCUCAAAGCAAUUCAGGAGAAUGCAACUCGGGAAAUUGAGGAACAGAAGAGGCAACAAAGAGAAAAGGAAAUGGUAGAGAAGCGGCAUUCGAUAGCUACUUGUUCCUCUAUCGAAAUCGAACUUGGCCAAGAUGACCUAGAGAUAUCACUUGCUAGAAAACUACAAAGUUACAACAUGAAACGAUGGGUGCGCAGAUCGUAUAAGCCUAACUUUCUCUCUCAAGAACAUUGCGCAAGGAAAACAUACCCUUCAGAGGUAGAACGAGACUGUGAUACAAAUGAUUUAAAUAGUGACUUCAGUGAAAAAGAACAGGCAAAUCUCAUGCAAAAUAUGUCUGAAAAGGUUCUGAAGCAACAGCUGAGUCACUGUAUUAUGCAGGUAGGAUAUCCCAUUCUAAAAGAAGGGGUAAAUACUCUCAACCAGGAAGCUGAGACUAUCAAAGAAACAGCAAAACCCACACAAUUACUUGAAAAAUCCCAACAAAGUCUUCCACUUAUCAAAGAAUAUCCAAAAUUGAUUCAUACAGCUGAAUGCAGAACUCCAAACAAAAGCCUAAAGUCCUCUGAAAAUUUUCCCUUGAAGAAAUCACUUCCUACUCACUGUUCAAAAUGGAAGAGAGAGGAGCAAAGAGGGGAACAAAAUGUAGCUUCAAAGAGGAAACAACUUAACCAAUCUUCUCCAAAUUCUAAAAAGACUUUUGGUGUUGGAGAGACCAGAGUUGAUCAGAAGAAUCAAUUUGCCAAGAAACCUACUGUGGAGUUAAGCAAAGUUGAAAGCAGGAACUUAAUUACUAACAGAAAAAGCAAAAUAAGCAGCAUCUCUUCAAAGAUCCAGACAAUUCAACCUCUGAAAGGCCAGAGAACAGCAUCAUCUUUACAUAAAGCACAUACAUCUGAAAAACCUCUCUCUCCCUCACCGACUUUAAUACAUAGGAAUUUGCUAAGUCCAGUAAAAAGGAAAUCUAUCACAUCAGGUAAACAAAUAGCUAAAGUAAAGGAGAUAAAAGAGACUCCCAUGGUAUCUGAACAAGUAACAAAAGCUAGCAGAAAAUCUAUCCAAAAUCAAAAAGUGAAGUGCAGUUCAUCUCAGUCAACAUUUACUAUAAUGUCUACAGUCAGCAGCCCCAAGAGUUUAAGCAAAUCAGACAUUGUGACAUCAGGCUCCAGGAUUUCUUAUGCCAAACAAUCUCUGCAACAAAAGAAGCCAAACCCUGGUACAGACACUAUGGUAAAGCACCAAACUGAUUCCCUCAUAAGCAAAGGUGUGGGUCAACGCAGCAGGUCUCUAAAACUGAACAGACAACCAGUGUGGCGAUGAUACUAGCAGGCAACUCGUUUGGCAAUAAUGUUCUACAGUGUUGAGACCCAAUGGAUACGCAGUUUCUUUUAAAUCAGUCCAAUUAUCAGGAAUAACAUUUUCUGCCAAAAUAUUUUUACUGGAUAUAAAGGAUAUUUGUGAUGUUUGUCACGAGAUUUUGCGCAAUGUUGUUUGUAACUAGAUUUAAUGAAGAAAAGAAAUAAAAUAAAAGGGAGUCAUUAAAAUGAUAUGUUAUUCAAAAGAACACAAAAAAAGGAAAGGUCUCUUUUAGAAACUGUGAACAAGUCUUUUAUUCAUUUCCUUUUGCUUUGUACAGAUCAGGAUUGAGUAAAUAUUUUUCUAAUCUUAGAAAAACAGGUUAAAUGUAUUUAAAUGGUUCAGCCGGAAGGGAAAUGUUGUUUGGCUUGAGCAUGUGGAAAUGAGUCUGCCUGGCGCUUCCUGUUUUCAUUUAAAAUUUUGACUCUCAGGAUUGAACUCUUGGUCUAAUAGCUUUGUAAGCUUUAAAUCUGAAAUUAACCACAACAAAGCAUAAACAUUUCAAUAAUUGUUGGAUCAUCAAGUCACACAGUUUAAACUUGAUGCAACUUUAAGCCCAAACAGUUCUCUAUUUCUGCAACAUUUCUUGACAUUACCAAUUUUAAAUGUUGAAUUCUUUAAUGACAGAGAUGAAUGCACAGGUGCUUUAAAAAACAUUGAAGUGGAAUUCAAAAUGAGCUUUAUCCACCAAGUUUUAGCAGUGAAUUCACACCAAUCUACACAAUGGUAACCUGUAUACUCCACAUUCCUGUUUUAAGCUGCUAUCACAGCUAGGAUCGAGCUGUAGAAUAAAAACAGAAAAGACAGGAAGUAUUCUGCAAGCAAUGCAGCAUUUGUGGAGAGAAAAAUAAAACAAAUGCUUCAGGUCUGCGGCAGUUCAUCAGAACGUCAGAACUUGAUCUGUUCUGAUGGAAAUUACAGGCAACAAUACA